AUGCUGGGCACCGUUCGCCGUUUGGUGAAGAACCGUAAUAUUGUAUUCUUUGGUACAUCCCGUACUCCUAAAUUCUUUGACUUUAGCUUUACUUCUCCACUGCCAUUCAACUCGACAGCACCAAAGACUUCACCAACACAGGAUGCUUCUUUUCUUCUCCCAGCUUCAGCCAUGACAGGAUAUAAAGAACACGUCGUGCCGAAUGGGCCGUCAUCCAGGCCGAUGAAAAUACCAGGCCUCACUUUGGCGCAGCCGAGACAGGGUGGUGCGCCCAAGAAUGCGCCCAAAGGCCCCAAGAAGAAGAAUAAAGCUGCUGCAGAUGCAAAGUACGUUCAGAAGAUCUAUAUCAUAUGCUCAAUCCCCAAAGGUCCCAGGGCAAUGAUCCAGGCCCCUCCAGUUCAACGUCGCUCUUCUUCACCCCACAAGAUCCCAAGCAAAGCCUCUGGAGGUGUUCCCAACCCUACGCCCGAAUACAUGGCCCAAGCGAACCUCAGCCCCGAAAGACUCCCUCAACCGCGUCGCAUUCUCAUCAUAAUGGAUCUCAAUGGUACUCUCCUCUAUCGACCCAACAAGCGCCGGCCCUUCGACUUUGUCGAGCGACCUCAUGCAAAGACCUUCAUGAAAUACUGCCUCGACGCUUUCCAUGUUGCGAUUUGGUCCUCAGCCCGCCCUGACAACGUUAACAAAAUGGUUGAACAGCUCCUAACACCUGAACAGCGCGAGCGGGUUCUUGUCGUCUGGGGUCGUGAUUCUUUCGGUCUAUCGGAGGGUGAUUACAACGCAAAAGUGCAAGUCUACAAACGCCUCACGACCGUAUGGACUAAUCCGCGGGUGAGGGCUGCUCAUCCCCAGGCUCAUAAGGGAGGCCUUUGGAAUCAGAGCAACACUAUCUUGGUUGAUGACUCGUUAGAGAAGGGCCGGAGUGAACCAUUCAACACGCUUACACUUCCUGAGUUCUCCGGUCUGUCCACUGAGAUGCCCAAUGUCUUGCCUCAGGUUCACGAUUACCUGAAUGAACUUGCCUACCAGGCGGAUAUCAGCCGCUUUGUAAGACAGUCCCCUUUCAAGCUUGAUCCAGUCUAUGUCUUGCCAGAGCAUGCAGCCUAG